UAAACAUUGAAAUACCCGACACGGUUCCAGCUAGUGACGACAGAGCGAGCAUGCGCGUGGUUAUACAGACAGGCUCACUAGCCAUGGAAAGUGUGGUCAAAAUGUGUUUUGCUACAAAGAUAAUCUACGGUCUUUGCUACAAUGAAAGAGUUAUUUUUCUUGGACUUUUGGCUGCUCGGGCACAGACAAUAGUCAUCAAGUAACCAUCCCGUUAGAAACCCUUGGUUAGCUGGAUCACUUCCUUGUUAAAAGUAGGACAAAACACUUGCAGCAUAAGUCGUAUAUACGUCCGGUUGAAAGUGAAGAUUCACAUUCAAACAAAUAAUAAGACAGUCAGUGCACCGAAAAUGCAGUGGAACAUCGUGGACAAUACCGUGUAAAUCAUGCUACCAACAUGGAAGAGGUCGAGGGGAUAACUAAAUUUGUGGAAGAAGUCAGCCCUUACCUAAGGUGUCCGGUAUGUCAGAAGGUUUACAGGGACCCGGUGAUCAGCAAGUGCGGACACACUUUUUGUCGCCAGUGUGUUUCAUCAAUUACACACUGCCCUGUGGACACAGUGCAAUGUGACAACACCCAGCUUGUUGUAAACAGGUUGGUAGUUGGACAAAUAGAGAGCCUUCAGAUAUACUGCAAACAUGGUGUCAUCAAGAAGAAUGGUGAACUCAUAGCUGAUUCUACUGGUUGUCCAGAGAUUACCACAUUGGGGGACAGAGCAGUGCAUGAGGGUUCCUGUCCAUAUGCAUACGUUUCCUGCCCCAAUGGAGCCAACUGUGGUAGGAUCAGGCACAAAGACCUGGAUCUCCAUCUCACACAGUGUACUUUUAUUGCUUGUGCACAUAAAAAGAAAGGCUGUGAAUUUGUGGGAGCCCAGAAUGAGGUUGACGAGCACCUUUUAACAUGUUACCAUAGAGGCUCAUUAUCAGACUCUGUGACAGAGGAGAUUAACAUCAUAUCCAAGGAGAAUGAUUCUUUGAAGUCCCAGAUGAAGAUGCUAAAUGAAAGAGUAUAUGAACUGGAAAAAUUUAAACAGGAUGCAAAUAGACAGCUUGAAAAGACCACAAGCUUACUGAUAAGUCUUCAACAACAGAUUGACCAGUUAACCUCUCGAUUACCCCAGGCACUCAGCAGCAAUCCUCAGCAUCAUCAUCGCUCUCCUUCAAUAUCUUCUCAAAGUGAAAUUACUGGGGUGUCCUUUAAGCCUCAUCAUGCUCGAAGAUCCUCCAGUCCUUCAGGUGUGUCUGAGAGAUGGGAAAUGCCUUUUCAGUUCAAGUGCAUUGGAACACUGAGAGGACAUCAAGAUGCAGUGUGGUGCCUGUGUGCAUUUCGAGGCAGACUGUUCAGUGCAGGUGGUGACUGCGUUAUCAAAGUGUGGAACCUGGAUCAACUGGCUAAGGGCUGUGUGGGUAGCUUUCAUGGGCACACAGACAGGAUACUCUGCAUGGCAAAAUAUGGAAGCAAGCUGUUUACAGCAGGCGCAGAUUACACCAUACGAUGCUGGGACACAGAAACUGGUGAUCAGAUAGAAACUCGAGAGGGUGGCCAUGACAAUAUCAUUUGUGCAAUGGCUAUCACAGGGGAUUUUAUCUUCACUUCUUCUUUGUCUGUGAUAAAGGUAUGGAAAAUUGAGAAUUUGAGUCUGAUACACACAAUGGGAGAUCUUAAUCACUGGGUGCGAGCCUUGGUACUAAGCCCUUCUAAGGACAGGCUGUACAGUGGUUCACACAAUGCCAUCAACAUAUGGGAAGCAUCGGGCAGCUUUGAGUCCCUGGGCACAAUCAGUCAUGAUGCUGGCUCAGUGUACUCACUGGCAGUUACCAGGUUAUAUGUCAUAGCAGGUAAUUCAGGUACAUACAACCGCAAUAUCCAUGUGUUCAGUGCCUCAACACACGAGUUUGUCACACAUCUGAGUAGCCAUAUAGGCACCGUUACUUCACUGGUCACAUCUUUGUCAGGGCGAUUUCUGUUUUCUGCUUCUCAGGACAGUAAUAUCAUGAUCUGGAACUUGGAGACAAUGCUUCCCAUUCAGACUUUGUCUCGACACCAAGGUCAAGUGAACACCUUGGCACUUUGUGGCAACUAUGUUCUUUCUGGUUCAGAGGACCAUGAAAUAAAGGUGUUCCGCUAUUUCCAGCUGCAGUAAAACUAACAAAAAUGGCAAUAAAUGAGGCUUCUAUGCUGGUUUCUUUGAUGUGCAUAGUAUACACUUGCAGGCAUGUGACUGUGGCAUAAAUUCAGGGCUGAAAGAACAGAUUCUGUAUAUAUGUACUUUGGUGAACACAGCUGGAUGUUCACUCACCCUAACUUUCCAGUCAGACAUUUUUAGCUGACAGUCUAUGGUUGAGAGCUCAAAAGUAUGCUUUACAGCAGGGUUGUCAAAGUGUAAGACAAUUUUGAAUGAUAUUAUUUUAAAACUAUUUUUGCAUUUCCCGCAUUUUUAUACUAAUAUGGAAAUAUGAAUAUGCAUGGCACAGUUGCAGAAAUGUGCGUUCAAAAUUAGCGUACAGGAGCAACAUUUGUUUGUGAAUUGGCUGCAAAAGAUGCAGCAGUAUUAAGGGUCCAUACAUCUGUUAAACUUUGUUUUAUAUUGGAAAUUUACAGAGAUUGUUUUUUACUUUUCACUAACUGGGGAUGUCAGUUUAGUAACCAGUUUUAAUACCAAAGCUGAAAAGUUUUGUUGUUUCCUUUGUGUACUGCUCACCAGUGUUGAGAGAAAACAUUUUUAGGUGUUUAUUAGUUAAAGGUCUACUAAAGUAAUCAUGAUUUUGACUUUUUUAUUCUGUGCACUUAUUCUGUUUAUAGGUUUGUAUCUUGAGUACAAAUGAACAAUUAUUUAGUAGGUUAAUAGCUUACUGUGCUGCCAGUAUCCGUUAUGUCACUUUAUUAAUUGUAUUGUGUCAUUGUACAUAGUUUGAUGUAAAGAUGAUCAUCAUCACCAUCAUCAUCUUGGAAAUCUUUAUAUUUUAUGAAAACGUAUUUUUAAAAUCUUGAUGCUUGACAGGUGUAAGAAACAUAUUAAAAAAUAUAAAAAUAA